AUGUGCCCGCGGUCGCGGCGGGGCGAUGAAGCCGCGAUGAGCGCGGCGGGCACCGUGCGGCCCUGGAAGCCCGACCCGGGGCAGGCGCACGGGGGGCGGCCGCCGGGGCCGGCGCUGCCGCUGACCCUCAGCGUGCUGGCCUGGCUGGGCACCGGCACCACCAUGGCCGGCCUCAACAAGUGGAUCUUCGCCGCUCACGGGUUCCGCUACCCGCUGCUGCUCUCGGCGCUGCACAUGCUGUCCGGCGUGGCCGUGGGCUACCCGCUGGGCUGGGCGCGGGCUCCGGGCCCCCGGCCCCGCGCCAGGAUCUACCUGCUCAGCCUCACCUUCUGCACCAGCGUGGCCCUGGGCAACCUGGGCCUGAGCUACGUGCAGCUGGACGUGGCCCAGGCCGUGGCCACCACCACGCCGCUGGUGACGCUGCUGCUGGGGCUGCUGGGGGGCCGGCGGCCGCACCCGCUGCAGUUCUGGGCCAUGGGGCCGGUGUGCGCCGGGGCCGCCUGCAGCAUCGCCGGCGGCCUCUGCUUCUCCCAGCCCGGCUGCGGCUUCCUGCUGGCCGCCACCGUGCUCCGCGCCCUCAAGUCCAUCCAGCAGAGUGUGCUGCUGCAGGAGGACCGUCUGGACGCGCUGUCCCUGCUGGGCCUGACGUCCCUGCCCAGCUUCGUGCUGCUGUUCGGGGCGGCCGUGGCGCUGGAGCUGGGCCCCUCGUGGCAGGGCGUCCUUCGGCCCGACGCCGCGCUCUGGGGCUGCGUCCUGCUCAGCUGCCUGGGCUCCGUCCUCUACAACCUGGCCACCUCCUGCCUCCUGUCGCUCACGUCGGCCCUGACGCUGCACCUGCUGGGCAGCCUCACCGUGGUGGGCAACCUGCUGCUGUCGUGGCUGCUGUUCGGCACGCGGCUGGGCGCGCUGGGCUACGCCGGCGUGGCGCUGACGCUGGCGGGGAUGGUGCUGUACCACCAGCCCCGGCUCCUGGCCGCCUGCUGGGGCCUCUGUGGGCUGCGGCGGCACCCGCGGCACGAGUAGGGACCCACGGGGGGUGAGGGGCUGGGAGGGCUCUGGGGGAGCGCUGGGCACGUGUGUGCCAAUGAG